CUCGUCGAUGCGGGCGUCCGGGUCGCUCUGCUCGCCCGCACCGACGCCGACUUGCUCAGCGCCGAGUCCGAACUGCGGCAACGGGGCGGCGUCGUGGAGACCUUCAUCUGCGACGUCAGCGAUCGGGCGCAAGUCGAAGCGGCCGUCCGCCAAGCCGAGGCGGCGCUGGGUCCGAUCGACCUCUUGUUCAACGUCGCGGGGAUCAUCGAGGUCGGGCCGCUCGACGCGAUGACCGAGGAAGACUUCCGCAAGUCGAUGGAUGUCAAUUGUUGGGGCAUCCUGCACACGACGCGCGCCGUGCUGCCCGGCAUGCGCAAACGACGCUUUGGGCGGAUCGUCAAUAUCGCCUCGAUGGGCGGCAAGCGCGCCGUGCCGCACAUGCUGCCCUACGCCGCCAGCAAGUUCGCCGCCGUCGGCCUCUCGAACGGCUUGCGCGCCGAACUCGCCAAGGACGGCAUCCUCGUCAGCACGAUCUGCCCCAGCCUGAUGCGGACCGGCAGCCCGCGCAACGCGACCUUCAAAGGCCAGCACCGCAAGGAGUACGCCUGGUUCAGCAUCGGCGACUCGCUACCGAUCGCCACGAUGGACGCCCGAACCGCCGCCCGUCAAACCAUCGACGCCUGCAUCCACGGCGACGGCGAGGUCGUCCUCCGCGGCCCGCUCAACCUCGGCGUCACGCUCCAGUCGCUCUUCCCCGGCCUGACGCGCGAGUCGCUUGCCGUGAUGAACCGCUUGCUCCCCGAGAUGGGCGGUAUUGGCGCGGACUCGGCGUACGGUUACGAAAGCUUCAGCGAGUGGUCGCCCUCCUUCCUCACGAAACUCACCGAAUCCGCCGCAAAGCGCAACAACGAGAUGCGCCCCCGCCCCACCGAAGUGGUUCACGAAUCGCUCACCCCCCGGCCCCACUUAGCCCCCGGUCAAUGA